GUGGAGCCUUCCUGAUCCCAGGGCCGAAGGAUGGCGGCCUUCGCCCGCUUGCUGGAGCGUCUCUUCUGGCCAGCUCGCAAAGAAGAGGAGGCAAUGGAGGAGGAAGAGGAGGGGCGCACGACUCCCCAGGGGCCUCAGUUCCUCCUGGACGCGCCGCGAUGCGCCCAGCGGCCGCACGGGGGUGCGGUGGCGUCCUGGGGCCUGCGCUUCGGGGCGAGCGCAGCGCAGGGGUGGCGCGCGCACAUGGAGGACGCUCAUUGCGCUUGGCUCGCGUUACCCGGGCUGCCCCCGGGCUGGGCUUUCUUCGCCGUCCUCGACGGCCAUGGCGGGUCGCGAGCUGCCCUCUUCGGCGCGCGCCACCUGCCGGGCCACGUGCUCGAGGCGCUGGGCCCCGCGCCGGACGAGCCCGAGGGCGUGUGCGAGGCGCUGCGCCGCGCCUUCCUGAGCGCAGACGCACGCCUGCGCGCUCUCUGGCCCCGCGGCCAGCCGGGCGGCUCCACCGCCGUGGCUCUGCUCGUGUCCCCGCGCUUUCUGUACCUGGCGCACUGCGGUGACUCCCGCGCGGUGCUGAGUCGCGCUGGCGCCGUGGCCUUCAGCACGGAGGACCAUAGGCCCCUCCGACCCCGCGAACGCGAGCGCAUCCACGAUGCGGGCGGCACCAUCCGCCGCCGGCGCCUCGAGGGCUCUCUGGCAGUGUCCCGGGCACUGGGCGACUUUGCCUACAAAGAGGCUCCGGGAAGGCCCCCUGAGCUGCAGCUCGUUUCCGCGGAGCCUGAAGUGACCGCCCUGGCACGCCGGGCCGAGGAUGAGUUCAUGCUUCUGGCCUCUGACGGCGUGUGGGACGCGAUGUCUGGCGCAGCCUUGGCGGAACUGGUGGCAUCGCGCCUCUGCUUGGGCCUGGCCCCAGAGCUCCUGUGCGCACAGCUGUUGGACACGUGUCUGUGCAAGGGCAGCCUGGACAACAUGACCUGCAUACUGGUCUGCUUCCCAGGGGCCCCCAGGCCUUGUGAGGAGGCGAUCAGGAAGGAGCAAGCCCUGGACGCAGCCCUGAGCCGCAGGGUCGCUGAGCUGUGUUCCUCUGCCCAGGAGACCCCCAGCCUGAACACGGUGUUCAGGACUCUGGCCUCACAGGACAUCCCCAAUUUACCUCCUGGGGGAGGGAUCUAUUGCAAGGCCUCCGUCAUCGCUGAAGCCUAUUCUCAGCUCUGCCAGGCCUCAGGAGAGCGCUGGGAGAAGGGGCAGAAUGGGGCUGGGAAGCCCACCGGCGUCCAUUCAAGCUCUGCCCUGGACUUGGAGGCCUGACAACUUUGGGGACCCUCUGCCCAGUUGGGGCCUCAAUGGAACUAAGGAAGAAAUCCCCCUUCCCUAGCUACGCGGACCAGUGGAAGGAAGACAAGCCGAUGGAGGAACCCCAGAAUGCUUAUUUCCCCAUCUCCUACUUCCCUCUCACAGAAAGUCUUAUUGGAGGGGAAAUUCCACUCACCAUCUAGACUUAAGAAAAACCCCAAGCCAAAAGUUUUUGAAAUAUUUAGAGCUGGAUGGACUCCGAGAGAUCUCCUAGUUCAAUAACCUUCUCUUCUCUUUCCAUUUUUCAUCUGUUUUUUUGGGGGGAGGUAGGAAAGAGUUUUAAUUGUUAAAUUUUUAAUUACAUAAUUCAAAAUAUAUUUUUCCUAGAGAAAAAAACCCACAAACAUUAUUCACCCAGUCAUUUGGCAAAUAUGUAUUGGGCGCCAUCUUGCUCACAGCCACGAAGUAGGCAGACCCAGAGAUUCCUGCCCCCGGGGGGCCCACCUCUUAGUGGGGGGAGACAGCAAACAGGGGAGCUGAUAAAUAAGAUCGUCUCAGUCACUGACAAGUGUCUCAAGCAAAAUAAAACGGGGACAUGAUAAGGAAAUGACUAGGGGAGUGACUUUGGUUUUUUAUAUUGUUAUUCAUUUAUUUCUUGAAUGGGGCAUGAGUUCACUUGGUUGGAAGUUCAAAGGGUACAAAUGGUGUACAAUGAGAAGUCUUUCUCCAUCCCCCACCCCUCCACCACUCAAUUUUCCACCUGGGGAUGGUUGCUUUAGACGGGGGAUCAGGGAAGAUCUCUGCGGAGGGGACAACUGAGCAGAAACCUGACAGAGAAGGAGCAAGCCAUGCAAAAACCCCAGGGAAGAGUGUUCCAAGGCAGAAAGAACAGCUAGUGCAAAAGCAGGUUCAAACUUGGCAUUUUCAAGAUAAGGCUUGAAAUCUUUAUGACCAUUGAAUUCCCCACAGUUCCAUUUCCUAUCCUAUUGGUCAGCACUGCAGUGAGUUUGGAGUAGAAUUUUCCAGACCUUUUACUCUGCAUGUACACACAUGUAUAUGGUACCUUAAGGUGUUUCCUUCAUUUUUUUCAUACCCUAUGUAUCAUUUGGCAAUUUGUUUUUUUUCACUCAAUAAUACAUUGGAGGGCCGGC